UUUUGAUCAUUUUGUCGCCCCUUGGGAUAUCAUCUCACGCUGGGCUAUGCCGAGACCCGUCCGGAUGAAGUCCAAGUCCCACGCAAAGUCCCCCGCGGGAGUUGGUCACUGACCCACGCUUCUUAGCCCACAGUCCCAACGAGCUUCCCCGCUUUGUAAACUUUUGCAACUCAACUCUGAACAUCAAUUUCACCCCCUCAAUCCUCCAGAACUAAUUAUGACGUGACUCCCUGUCCCCGCAGGCGGACUGCCGCAUUUUGGCUAAUAUUCUUACAUGCACCGGCGCAUCACCGCGCGUCCCGUCAGCCGGCCUUGGCAGGUCAAUCAUCGACCUUCCUGUAUUGAGGAACCCGAGGGGGCGGCAAAUCUCUCGGGUUAUCUGGGCACGACAGAGAAAGAGGUGCCGAUGAUAUCCCGUAGGAUGAAUUGAUGAGCAAAAGAUCUUGGCAAGACAUUACUGGUGUCACUCACUCAACACCAUCACCACUAUCACUAUUCGUUGACAGCUCAGUCAACCCACCACCACCCACCAUGGCUCCUAGACCCCCCCUUUCAGAAAACCGCUCCAUGAGCAUUCUCAACAAGGCCCUCGCUGGGGGGUACGCCGUCCCAGCCAUGUGCUGCUACAACAUCGAAUCCAUCAUCGCCACCGUCAAAGCUGCCGAAGCCGCCCGCUCCCCAGCUAUGGUCUUGCUCUUCCCGUGGGCGAUUCAAUAUGCUGGUGACGCUCUCGUCAAAGCCGCCGCUGAGGCAGCUCACUCGGCCUCGGUCCCAGUCUCCCUCCACCUGGACCACUGCCAGACACCCGAGCUGGUCCGCAGGGCAGCCGACAUCCCGGACGCCUUUGACAGCAUCAUGUGCGACAUGUCGCACUACGAAAAGGAGGAGAAUCUCAAGCUCACCGCCGAACUGGUUCAAUACUGCCACGAGCGCGGUAUCGCCGCAGAGGCAGAGCCAGGGCGUAUCGAAGGUGGCGAGGACGGCGUAGCUGAGACUGCUGACCUCGAGGGGCUGCUGACUACCCCCGAGGAAGCGGAGGAGUUUGUUGCCACCGGGAUUGACAUGUUGGCGCCGGCGUUUGGGAAUGUGCAUGGGGAGUAUGGACCGAGGGGGAUCCAGCUGGAGUAUGACCGGCUUGAUGCUAUCAACAAGAAGGUCGGGGAUAGGGUCAGGUUGGUGCUGCAUGGGGCUGAUCCGUUCGAUGAGGAGAUUUUUAGAAAGUGCAUGGCGGGGGGGGUGACGAAGGUGAAUAUCAACAAGGGGAUGAAUAAUCACUAUGCGUGGACGCAGGAGAAGAUGAGGGGGAAGCCGUUGACGAGUGUGAUUGAGAAGGGGACGGAGGCGAUGCAGGUGGCGAUUGAGAGGUAUAUGCAUUGGUUGGGGAGUGCUGGGAAGGCUUGA